AUGAAGUCGGCGCUGGACCUCCUCAGCCUGGGCGCCUCGUUCUGGAGCAUCCACGAGACGCGGCAGACGCACCAGAACGCCGUCCAGGUCGAUCGGGACCUGCACGUCCGUGGGCUCGCGGCUGCGGCCGAGCACCACUACCAGCAGCUGAUCGCCGAGCUGCUCGCGGCAGCCAAGGAGGCGGACCGCGACGUGUGGGAGCAGCGGAACGGGCAGUUCAACAACCUGAUGCUCGCCUCGAUCCUCAUGUUUGGCGUCGGCAUGUCGGCGAUCAUUGAGGGCAACUUUGACCUGAACGACAGUGGCAUGGCCGUGAUCGUCUUCUCCUUCUUCGAGGCGGUGGCGCUGUCGACGCUCUUCCUCUCGCUCGUCUCGUGCCUCCUCGUCUCGCGCCGCAUGUCCAUCUACAUGAUCUCGCGCACCGGCAAGCUCGUCGAGCGGCUGUCCUUCAUCAUCAAGUCUGCAGACAUGCUCGCCGCCGACGCGUCCAACAUCUCGUCGCUGCCCUCGCCGCGCAAGCGCGGGCUAGAGGGCGACGAGGAGGAGGCCACCUCUGUCGGUCGCCGCGCGCGGGCGCAGCGCCGCUGGAAGGAGCUGCUGCGGGCGAUCGACGAGCGGCGCGUGCCGGGCUACAGCACCGAGUUGCCAGAGGCGUACAACCGCGGCCAGCGGCUCAACUCGAUGCGGAUGUGUGAGGGGCGUGUGUGCUUCGUUUUCUAG